AUGGGUAGAUCUUUUUGCAAUAAAGUAUCAAAGCUUUUAAAAGAUUUAUCCCCUGAACAGGAAAAUAAACUUAAAGGUGAUUGUCACUACUUUAGACACUGA